UCUCUUUCUGGUCCUUCCACCAGGGCACACAAAUCUGACUUGAUCUCCGCCCCAUACAGCUGUGUCCAGAGCACCAUCUCGCUGUUUGGAGGCACAACCACUGAUUCCUGGCGGGUCAACCUGGCCACUCCCACCGGUCCAUCCGAGGAAUCGAUUUGUGACACCUUUUGGCAGACAGCAAAGGCACGUUCCCACUCUCCUUUGGCUUGUUGGGACAUGGUGGCUCCGAAUGCAGUCAGCCCGGGGUGGACACCCUGAAACAGUUCUUUCCAGCAGUGUGAAAUCACAUUUAUCCCUAGUAUACCUCUUUCCGCCUUCAGACACUCAUCUUUGACAAUGAUGACUCCUUUUCCUGGCACAGUGACUCCUCCCACUGAGAAAUCCGGGAUGGCGUACCCGGUGUAGGGGAUCUUUAGUCCAUUGGCUGCCUUGAGCGUUAGCCAGUGCAGAUCUUGUGGGUUUAUUUUCUGUUCUCCACUCAACCAUUUCUGAAAGAAAGUUUCACUAAACAGCGUAACUUGUGAGCCUGUAUCAAGCAAGCAGGGCAAUUUUACUCCUGCUACUAGUAUGUCAACCCCUGGGCACUCCCCAACAAUAGAGGGCCUGUCUGCUUGGUUUCCCUGAUUCCCCUCCCCAACCACAUGGCUCUCAGUGGCUGAGGCUGUUAGUUUAACGGCCCCCUUACAUGCUGGCAGUUUCUCUGAAUAUGGCCAGCCUGCCCACAGCCUCUGCAAAUAGGUUGGCCACGUUGGUCCCACUCGAACCUUUGUUGCCUGGGGGAGGAUGCGUUAUGGCCUCUCUGAGCUAGUCUGUUAGGGGGUGGGGUAGAGUCUCUGUGCCCAACUGGGGCAUUUUGUGGUGAGAGUUGGCGUCUGAUCUCUUCUGUAAGAGUCUCUGUAAUAAUGGACAGUUGGUCUUUCAUUUCUUUCCUGAGUUCAGUUCUUACUGUUUCUCUCCAUUCUUCCAGGCUAGGUGGUGCCAUGGCCGGUCGUGGCUGUGGCACUGAAACACGUGAUGCACAGGCAGACUCCAUCCUUAGUUCAGUUUCUAAUGCUUUAACUUCACCAGACACCUCACGGAAGGACAUUGUAGGAUUUCUACGCACCUGCCGUUGAAGUUCCUGUUGUACCAUACCGGGCUUCAAACCAAGGACAAGCUGGUCUCGGAUAGUCCUCUCAUCCUGGGCUGAGCCAGCUGGUUCCACUUCUUCCCAUUGGUGGAAUAGUUCACGGAGCCGAAGGAGGAAAGAAGCAGCAGUUUCUUCUUCUUGUUGGUAACAUUUGAAGAAACUGUGCCCGAAGCUGGGCUACUGGGGUUACACGUCCAUACAGUCUCCUGCAGUAUGGCUAUGCUACUUGAGAGUUUGUUGGGGUCAAGCAGCCGCAUCUCCCUUUUUGCGUCACCCUCAAGUGCCCCAAAAAUAAAAUCAAUUUUCUGUUCCUCAUUUAAUCCUUGUGCCCUCAGCAUUGCCUGAACCUGCCCAUGCCAUUCAGAAAAACACAUCUUGCUUCGGUCAGCAUUGAACUUUGGGAUCCAUGGGACUCCCAUAAACCAAUGCAUCAUCAUUGCAUUUACCACAGGCUGACUAUUUUCUAGCCUGCCCCCAUUUUCUGAUGACCCACUGGGCCUUACAGCUUCAUAUUCUUCAUCGUAAAAUGGUUUAUUUGUACAAAGUUACCUUAAAAACACUCCUUUGAUAAAUACUUAAAAUAACGUAAGGUUAAAAUAAUGUUCAAUAAAUAUAAACCAGUUACUUAAGAAUUACAGUGCUAGCAGGGGUUGAUACAAUUCUGAAAGUCCUGUCCGCUUGGAAGCGAACUCAACUCCGGGUUUUUGCCAGGCAGAAGUGCAAGGUUCAAGUCCCUUCCAGGAAAUCCAGUGCCAGGAUUUCCACGUUGCCGGCACGCCGCACUCUGUCCGUCAGCCUCUGGUCGCGGAGCCCUCGGUAAACAACAAAAGGAGACUCAGGGGAGGAGACAACAAUUGGCCUGACUGUACAUGGUGGCUCGUUGAGGAGAAGGGGAGGAGUGCCAGCGGCUGUUGGUUGGUGGGCGGCAUCCGUGGUUGCCAAGGUAACUGGCAACCAUGCCAGGAGGUCGCAGGGGUCCCAGCAGACAGCAGCUAAGUCGCUCUGCUCUGCCGUCCCUGCAGACUCUGGUCGGAGGCAACAUCAGCAAUGGGACAGGCAUCAGGAACAGGAGCAGUAACGUGGUGGGUCAGUCUGCGCCCCCUAUCUCGGCCCUCAUUAUUCCGGAGCCGGUGCGUCACUCAAGGAUCCCCGAGCUGCCGUUGGACAGCAGCCUGCUGUUUGAGUUCCUGCUCUUCCUGUAUCUGCUGGUGGCCUUGUUUGUCCAGUACAUAAACAUCUACAGGACGGUGUGGUGGUACCCGUACAGCCACCCUGCUGCCUCUACCUCGCUCAAUUUCCAUCUGAUGGACUACCACCUGGCUAUCUUUAUUACAGUCAUGUUGGCCAGGAGGCUUGUUUGGACUAUCGUUUCAGAGGUGUCUCAGAGCAGCGGCGGAUCCCUUCUCCGCUACGUGGUUCUGAUCGCAGCGCGGCUCAGCCUGCUGACGCUCUGCGGCUGGGUGCUCUGCUGGACGCUGGUCAACCUCUGCAAGAACCACUCUGUGCUCAACCUCCUCUUCCUGGGAUACCCAUUUGGUGUGUACGUCCCUCUUUGCUGUUUCCAUCAGGAGGGAGGGAAAAGCCAAACGGCACCAGCUGACAGCGAUUACCCCGCAGACCACCAGCAGACAGAGCUCACAGAGACCCCGUUCUUUCGACCACGUGACUUCCUCUUCCUGUUGCGAGAGAACCUCAGAGAGCAGUUUUCCAGUCCCCCGCACAUGCCUACACACACCUGCCCUCCACACACACACUCGCACACGCCGGAGUUAAUUCGAGCAGAGGUGGAGGAGCUAAAGAGCGACUUCAACCGUAGAAUCAAGGAAGUGCUCUUCAACUCGCUGUUCAGUGCUUACUACGUAGCCUUCCUGCCUCUCUGCUUUGUUAAGAGCACGCAGUACUAUGACAUGCGCUGGUCCUGUGAGCAUCUGAUCAUGGUGUGGAUCAAUGCGUUUGUGAUGCUGAUGAGUCAGCUGCUGCCGCCUAGCUACUGCGACCUGCUGCAUCGCUCGGCCGCUCACCUGGGCCGCUGGCAGAAACUGGAGCACGGCUCGUACAGCAACGCUCCUCAGCAUGUGUGGUCAGAAAGUACCAUUUGGCCUCAGGGGGUGUUGGUACGACACAGUCGAUCGCUGUAUAAGGCAGUCGGAACCUAUAAUGUUGCUCUGCCCUCUGAUGUUUCCCAUGCAAGGUUUUAUUUCCUGUUCCACAAGCCCUUGCGGAUCCUGAACCUGCUGAUCUGGAUCGAGUCCAGUGUGGUUUUGUACCAGUUAUACUCUCUGCUGCGCUCCGAGCGCUGGAACCACACUUUGUCUCUGGGCCUUAUUCUCUUCUGCAACUACUAUGUCCUUUUUAAACUGCUGCGAGAUCGCAUCGUGCUGGGCAAAGCCUACUCCUACCCUGUGUCCUCCAACAGUUUGGGGCUCAAGGUGCAGUGAUCCUCCACGUAUUCUUGUUGUGGAGGCGAGACGGGUGGGGGUCUGGAAAAGGACCGGAGGGUUGAUCCGCACUCACGCUUGGAGGAUGAGGGACAGACUGUGAACUCGUAACCAUGUUUUGAUAUGGUUCUAUUUGUAAUGCAAUGUUUAUAUACCUAUUUAAAAGAAUAUUUUUAUUUUGUAUACUAUUUUGAGUUACGCCGGGCAUUAGCAUGUUGUGUUAUGUUGUUGCUAGGCGACAGGGAAGUCAGGGAAUGCCAGGAGGUGACUUUCACCAAAGAUAUUUUAAGUGCAGGUGGCCAAUCACAGAGCAAGCCUGGCCUCUGACAGUCAGUCAAACAGACGAGCCACUCAGAGCAGUGGAAGGAGUUGUGCCUCAGAUCCUGACUCAUAUCUGUCCAUCAAGUGUGAGGCAACAGCACAGUUGGCGCAAAGAUGGCAAAAAGGCAGAAAUGUAUUCAAUGUCUAGCCUGGUUAAACCGAUAGUAACAGAAUCUGCCUUCCAGCACCUCUAAAACUCACUCAUCAGCACGUAUGUCUCCUUUGUUUAAUAAGAACAAAUAUGUAAGCGUAAAAACAACAGCGCCAGACUAUUUAUUGGCUUUGAGCAGUUGCCAGGCAACCACAUAUAUUUGUCUUGUCAUUUUCACACAUUUGAAUGAAUUAAACAAAGGAGAUUGAAUGUGUUUAUUAGUUUGUAACCUUUAGCCAGUCUUGCUGUUUCCCACCGUUUCCAGUCUUUGUGCUAAGCUAACCUGCUGAAUCAAAGUGUGGCUCCAAACAGAGCCUCAGUGUGGAUUUGAACCACCAAGUAGAAUAAAACGUUGGUACAACCUUCAGAUGAGUUUAUAGGGAAAACACCUUAGGUACUCUGAUCCACUUCCUCUGCAGAGAUGGCGGUAUUCUUCCUCAAUCACAUUAGGUACUUUGUUUUUCACUCUCAGUAUCUGCUUCUUUCAUUUCAUUGGCUAUCUGGAAGGCAGUUACAGCACCAGUCUUUACAAACGUACACCCGAGUGUCAACCGGUGUGUGGGGGUGGAAAUACUAUUGGCAUCUGUAAAUUAAAAGCACACCCACAAAUCAUUUCAGAAAACAGCUUAACCCUGACUGUUAUUUCUUGUCAUAUAGCCCUGCCUGCUCUGGUUGUUCCUUAAGAAGUGUUAACUUUGCAGGGCUGCUGCUGUACCCAGAUGAGGAUUAAAGUCAACUUGCUGAUGCCUGACUGACUACCCUUUUGACAUGCUGAAAAGUUCUCAAUGACUAAUUUGUGUUAAAGGUGAUCCAGUCAAUGUUUUCGAUUUGGUGCCUCAAUGCUUAAACCAUAAUGGUAUUGGGACCAUAUCGCAAUAGGGUCAAAGGAAUAAAUGUGGCUAAUAAUAAAGAUUUCUGUUGGUACGUCCUAGGACCUAACAUUUCUCACUCUGCAAAUAUAUCAUAUUGUCAUCGUGCUCUCAUGGAUUUGACAGCAGAGGGUGUUCUUAUAGUGACCUUUCCAUGGGUGAUGAAGAGAGACUGUAUGCGUCACAUCAUUACCAGUUUAUGUAUUCUAAGUUACCGGUAUGGUGUUUGAAACAGGUUGCCUUGCAUGCUGUUGCCUUUUCUGUUAAGUCACAUUUGGCGAACAUCCUUUUACUCCAAAGUAUGUUUCUCUUUAUGAGCCUCCUCUCAUUCCCCGUCUCUAACUCAGUCAAAAACUAAAAGCAGUACUAAGUAGGCUGUUCAGUAUUCAGAUAGAAAUCAACAGAAAAAAGUUUUUUUCCUUUCCUGAGGUUCAAAUCUAAGUAGAAAAUCAAAAGAUCGAUGUUUCCUGUGAGGUCGUGAAUCUCACAUUGACUGCUUCAGUCAAGUUUCAUGUUGAGUGUAAAUGAGAUGGAGGCAACUACUGUUGAGAUGAACUAGUGUGUACUUGUCUGGAUCACCGGUGCUGCUCUGUGUCUCUAUGAGUUUGACGAUUUGUUUUUCUUAUACACAAAUGCCAUACAUGUGCCCAUUACUAUGCUUAUUCUGCACAUCCAGCCCUUAAAUCCUCUCCUCUGUGUUUCUGCUUUAUUUUGCAGUCAUUUUCCACUUGAAUGUAGCAAAUGUUUCUUGAAUUGGCAGGUAUUUAAGGGUAGUAGCACCAGCCUCCGAUUGAGCACCAUCACAUCAAUUUCAGUUUUUUAAUGGGUGUACUUGUAUCACCCUUAUCUCAGUAACACAGAGGGAAGACAUUUUUAAGUUUGAUUGAAAUCUUGUUCUUGAAUGUUAAGUCUUUGCUCAAGUUUGACACAUUCUUUGUUUUUUAAGAAACCCAUAACACCACAACUGAAGAAGAGGUUUUUUUUAGGUCCUAUAAGAGCUUGACCACAUUGCCCCAAAGUGUAUUUGGUGUUUCUUCAGCUUAUAGGAAACUUGAAAACAGGUUUUUAUUAAAACUGAAGCUGAUGAUCUGUUUUUCGUCUACAGCUAUGAAAGUUGUCAAAUUUGCAGUUAGUUUUCCAUGUGCCAUAUCCCCGGAUUCAGUUGAAUGUGUUGCUGCUGGAGAAGUCAUUGGAGCUGGUCCUCAUAUUUCGGCUUUUUACUCUGUCUAGUUUCCCCACAUGAUUUCUGAAAAUGCCUUUUGACAUCCAAAAUAAAACAAAUGUUUAAAAUAA